AUGGCAACCUUAAUAGCUAAAUCAUUUCGCAUCGAGUACUGUUUCUUUGGCUACAUAGACGAGAACAAAAGCGUCAGCAGCAUGCCCAAGGGCCGACCACUUUCUUUGCAGACUGUGGACCUCAAAGUUAGAAUUUGCUGCACUGGUUGCGAGAGAGUCGUCAAAAACGCCAUUUACAAGCUUAGGGGGAUUGAUUCGGUGGAAGUGAACCUGGAAAUGGAAAAACUGACGGUGAUCGGGUACGUUGAUCGGAACAAGGUGCUGAAACAAGUGAGAAGAGCUGGGAAGAUGGCUGAAUUCUGGCCCUACCCGGAGCCUCCUUUGCACUACACUUUGGCCACCGAAUACUUCAAAGACACCACAAACGAGUUCAGAGAGAGCUACAACUAUUACAGGCAUGGCUACAACCAUGGACAUACGCAUGGCUACAUUCCAGUCACGCAUCGUGGAGAUGACAAGGUAAGCAACAUGUUCAACGAUGACAAUGUCCAUGCAUGUUGUCUCAUGUAA